GGACAUUGGGAGGUCCCGGUUCUUGGCCUCCUGAUCAGGCUGUGAGUCAGAGGUGUUAAUCAGUAACCAGCAGGAUCACCGCAGGCUUUAAAGGCGAGGAGAAGAGCAGCUGGAGCUUCAUUCUGCAGCAGCCUGCAACACGAAAAUGCAUCGUUCUCCUCCGGUUCUCCUCCUGCUCCUCCUCCUGUGCUGCUACCUCUCAGGAGGCCGAGCCAACCGCGUCUACAUCCACCCCUUCCAUCUCUUCGCCGCCGACAAUGUCAGCUGCGAGACCCUCCAGAACCACACCUCCAAGCCUCUGGACGCCGUUUCUGUGGCGCCCCUCGACAUGGCGGUCCUGACGCCGUACGAGCGGGAUCCGUCCGAGCGCGACAACCGCACACAGGACGCGACGCAGAGGACGGCGGUGUUGGCCGAGCUGUUGAACUCGCUGGGUUUGAGGAUGUACCAGGCCCUCAGCGGCAAGCGGCCGGGAGCCAACGCGCUCUUCUCGCCCGUCGGCACCUACGGCUCCCUCGUCACCUUUGACCUGGGGGCCUCCAAGAAGACGGCCCGCUCCUUCCAGGAUCUCCUGGGCUUGAGCAGCGGCACCGACCGAGAAGACUGCGUCUCCCUGGUGGACGGACGCAAGGUCCUGAAGACGCUCCACCGCAUCACCUCCCCGGUGGACGACGGGCUGGAAGACGAGAUCACGACCCGAGUGUGGCUCUUCACGCGGCCGCAUGUUCGCCUGUCCCAGGAUGUGAUUCAGGGCGGGAGGGACUUUGCCGACAUGUUUUUCGCUCGUGGCGUGGAAUUCUCCACGGAUGAGAACCCGGAGCAGCCGAUCAACUCAUUUGUGGAGAAAACAUCCGGCGGGAAAGUGAAAGACGCCUUCAAAGACGUGGACGUCAAUUUCAACCUUCUCUUUCUUACGUCCUUCAACUUCCGAGGCAACUGGAAGACGGCCUUCCGCCCACAGAAGACGUCCUUGCAGGAGUUUACGGUGGACGAGACGACCACAGUGAUGACGCCCCUGAUGACCCACACCGGUCUCUACCACUACUACAACGAUAAGAUGAGACGCUGCACGGUGGUCAAACUGUCUCUGAGCAAACACUCCUACAUGUUGCUGGUGCUUCCGCACGACGCCACCAAUCUACAGGACGUAGAAGCUAAGCUACGCACCGACGUCAUCUCCUCCUGGUACCACAACCUCCACCAGGGGUUGUUGGAGUUGUCCGUGCCCAAGUUCUCCUCGUCUUCAGCGAACGACGUGCGUGAUCUUUUAGGCAACAUGGAUCCCGAAGUGGAAUCCAGACUUUUGGGCUCGCAGGCUGAAUUCAGUCGUCUGGCGAACGCUCAAACCUUCAACAUCGACAAGGCCGUCAACGUGGUGUCCUUUGAGAUGUCGGAGGAAGGAGCGGCGUCCCUGGACGAGAAGGAGGAGGAGGAGGAGAAGAAGGAGGAGGCGGGCGUUGCAGUGAAAGUGUCCUUGAACAAACCGUUCUUCUUUUCAGUGAUGGAGGAGGAAUCGAACGCUAUGCUCCUGUUGGGGAAGAUCACCAACCCAACGCUCUGAACAAAAGUACUCACUUGCCUCUCUUAGUUAGCAUCCUGGUCAGUAUUUAUGGAGAACUUCUCUAUCAGUGUUAUUGUUUAUGUAACGUUACUACAGCGGACGUCCGCACUGUACUAGUAGUACUACUACACAGUACUCGCUUUGUACUCGUACUCGCUUUGUUUGUCCUCGUAGCUCACUUGGCUUUUCUUGUACAUUCCAACUAAAGAUUUUAUUUUUGCUUUAUGACAACUUGCAAUAUCUGGAAUAAAUAUUUGUUCCUCAACCAA